AGAAUCCUCUUUUCCAUGGUUUAUAUUCCAAUGGUGGUUCUUGCUUAACCAUCAUUCUUGCUUCUGUGUUUUAAGUAACUAUAAAUCUAUAGCGAAAAUUGCUCCUGAGAGACAUCCCAAAUCAUAAAUUUUUGAUCCUUUACGUCGGUUCCUCUGAGUCAUCUCGACAAUCAGAUCAUCUGUGUGCUACAUAGAUUCAAUAUUUAGAAAUGGAGGACGCAGAAGAAGUUCAAGCAGUCGUUUGUGACAAUGGCUCAGGGACUGUUAAGGCUGGAUUUGCAGGGGAUGAUGCUCCAAGAGCAGUUUUUCCCAGCUUGGUAGGUCGUCCCAGGCAUACUGGUGUCAUGGUUGGCAUGGGUCAAAAGGAUGCCUAUGUUGGAGAUGAAGCACAGUCCAAAAGGGGAAUCCUCACCUUAAAAUACCCAGUAGAGCAUGGAAUUGUUAACAAUUGGGAUGAUAUGGAAAAAAUAUGGAACCAUACUUUUAACAAUGAGCUUCGUGUUGCUCCUGAGGAUCAUCCAGUUUUGCUUACAGAGCCUCCUUUGAAUCCCAAAGCGAACAGGGAGAAGAUGACUCAACUCAUGUUUGAGGUCUUUAACACCCCUGCUAUGUACGUUGCUAUCCAAGCCGUGCUCUCUCUUUAUGCCAGUGGAAGAACUACAGGUAUUGUCUUGGACUCUGGAGAUGGGGUCACUCAUGUUGUACCCAUUUAUGAAGGCUAUGCUAUGCCUCAUGCAAUAUAUAGAAUGGACCUUGCAGGCAGAGACUUGACAGAGUCCCUUUGCAAGAUCCUUACUGAGAGAGGCUACUCUUUCACCACUACAGCAGAACGAGAAAUUGUCCGAGACAUAAAGGAAAAAUUGGCAUAUGUUGCCAUGGAUUAUGAAAAGGAGAUUGAACUAUCAAGAAGCGAAGCAACAUUAGAAAAGAGUUAUGAGCUUCCAGAUGGUCAAGUAAUCACAAUUGGCAAUGAAAGGUUCAGAUGUGCUGAGGUGUUGUUCCAGCCUUCUCUCAUUGGCAUGGAAGCUCCAGGAAUACAUGAAACUGCUUUUGCUUCCAUCAUGAAAUGUGAUGUGGACAUUAGAAAAGACUUGUAUGGAAACAUUGUUCUGAGUGGAGGUUCCACCAUGUUUCCUGGUAUUGCUGACCGCAUGAGCAAGGAAAUUGCAGCUCUUGCUCCCAAUAGCGUGAAAGUUAAAGUAGUUGCUCCUCCUGAGAGAAAAUACAGUGUCUGGAUUGGAGGCUCCAUUCUGGCUUCACUCAGCACAUUCCAACAGAUGUGGGUAACAAAAGCUGAAUAUGAUGAAUCUGGCCCUUCAAUUGUUCACAGGAAAUGCUUCUAGGCGAUCUGCACUUACGGAUUUUUUACUCCUUUUUGUUGUUUGAUGAGGAAAUGAUAUGCAUUCUAGGCGAUCUGCAUUUAGGGACUUUUUACUCCUUUUUGUUGUUUGAUGAGAAUAUAUGUGUACUAGUCAUUAUUUAUAAGCAGCAUAGAGGAUGCUGCUAUAUCUGGAUUUUAUUUUUUGGUGAGAUUGAUAUGUUUGUGUGACUCGAGAUGAGACACAAUAUUACACUUGUUGGAAGAAAUAGAAGUGGAUUUUGUACCUGAUUAAAAAAUUCUUUUAGGCUAUUGGUCAUGGCUUGUGCAUGCACAGUGUUCUUUCACCAUAUUUUCAUGGGUGACAAAUGUAAUAUGCAAUCUUCAAUUGCAUUCUAAGUUGUGAAGUUAUACACAUUUUAAUCAUUCAGAUUAUAUUGUUA